AUGCUAGUGCUGAAGAAUGAACUUGAAAAGUAUUUUAAAAAAUUUGAUGUUAUUUCUAUUUUAGGACAAGGAUCCUUUGGGACUGUUUAUAAUGUACAAGACAAGACGACAAAUGAGCAGUUUGCUUUAAAGGAAAUUCAUAUAAAAUUUGGAAAGGUUGAAACUUUUAUGAAUGAAUUAUUGCCGCCUGGUAUCUCUCACAGGAAUAUUUUGUAUUAUUCACCAUUAAUGAUUUCUAAGAGACCCCUUAAACUUAGUGAAUUAAAGGAAAACACAAAUAUCGUAAAGAGUAGAUCUAAAUCUGCACAUAAUAUUAAUUUUUAUGAAGAACUUAACGCGGAUAAUCUGGAAAAUGAUUACAGUAACGUGACUCAAAACGCAGAAGAUAUAAAAAAUAUUGACAAUUAUACAGCUAAAAAAUAUGAAGAAUUUAGUUCAUCAGAUAUUUUCAAUACAAAAGUUUUAAGUAAUGAAACUAAUCAAUUUUACCCAAAAGCUAUUGUUGAUAGUCAAUUAAAUUUAAAGAAGGAUAUUUCUAAUACUUUUAUGAAUAAAAUAACAAGGAAAAAUGUUAGACCAAAGAUUUUACAAAAACUUACAGAAUCGAAAAGAUGUAAAAACUGGGGCGUAUCUAAUUCUCCUUAUGUAAAUAAAAAAAUUAAAAGAAAUAAUUGCAAUACAGAAAGUUAUUUUUUAUAUUUAAAAACUAAACUAUGCUCAUUUAGUUUAAGAGAUUUCAUAGAUGCGAGAAAUGAAAGAUUAUUCGAUAAAAGUAAAGAAAAUUAUUCGAAUAUUUUUUAUAAAGGAAUUUUAAAUACAAACGUGAAAAUUCCAUUCGAGUUAUACCGUAAAAGUGUUACGGGUGGUGGAAAUGUUUGUAAAGAAUUUUCUUUGAGAAUAUUUAAAUACAUUUUAUUAGGUCUUAUAUUCUUGCAUUCAAGAGGAAUAUCGCAUAAUGAUUUAAAAUCAAGUAAUAUAUUUUUAGAUGGGUCUGAUUCGUAUGUACCUAAAAUUGGGGAUUUUGGAUCUAAAUCCAUGUGCGAAAUGCAUGAUUUAGAUAACAAUUUUUUCGAAGCCACUUCAUCUUAUUACAAUUGUAACAUAACGAACAUUCAAUGUAAUCAUUCAAAUUCAAGCAAGCUAUUUGACUGUAGGUCACUAAUUCCUAUAUUAAUAGAUCUCAUUUAUCCAUUUAAAACGCAUGCAGAGAUGAUUGGAACGCUUAGAAUUAUUAACAAAACAAAAAAAAUACCAAAUUAUAUUCGAAGGGAAAAUUUUAAGGAGUCUGAGUUAAUUUUGAAGAUCUUAACUGAUGAUAAUAUUACAGUUCAAAGCAUUUUAACGAUUGUAAAUAAUAUUUUAGGAAUUAAAUAA